GUUCUGGCCGAGUCUUCCAAGGGUCCUACCAGCUCUUCCCUACCCCCGGCUUUUCCACCAGCCCUUCCCUCCCUCGUGGUCCUGCUAAGAACAUCUAAUGAUACUUUGCGUGCCUCGCGCGAUUGGAUUGAUGUUCUGUACUUCCACACCCUAUUCAAGUGUGGACGUCUGUGCAAGUGCGAGGCUGUCAUGGCGGCAUUCAAAGGCAUCUGGACGCAGGCCUUCUGGAAAGCUGUUUCAGCAGAAUGUUUGGCAAUGCUUAUAUUCGUCCUCCUGAGCCUUGGCUCCACAAUCAACUGGGGUGGAGCUGAGAAACCUCUACCUGUAGACAUGGUCCUUAUCUCUCUCUGCUUUGGACUCAGCAUUGCCACCAUGGUGCAGUGCAUUGGACAUAUUAGUGGUGGCCACAUUAACCCUGCAGUCACUGUUGCUAUGGUCUGCACUAGGAAGAUCAGCCUUGCCAAAUCAGUCUUCUACAUUGCAGCUCAGUGCCUGGGUGCCAUCGCAGGGGCAGGCAUUCUCUACCUUGUUACUCCAAGGAGUGUGGUAGGGUCCUUGGGAGUCACCUCGGUACAUAGAGACCUUUCCGCUGGCCAUGGACUACUGGUGGAGUUGAUAAUUACAUUCCAGCUGGUUUUUACUAUUUUUGCAAGCUGUGAUUCAAAACGAAGUGAUGUUACAGGUUCAGUGGCAUUAGCAAUUGGAUUGUCAGUUGCAAUUGGACACCUAUUUGCUAUCAGCUACACAGGUGCCAGCAUGAAUCCAGCUAGAUCAUUUGGACCUGCAGUUAUCAUGGGAAAAUGGGAACAUCAUUGGAUAUAUUGGGUAGGACCAAUUAUAGGAGCAGUCCUUGCAGCUGCCCUUUACGAAUACAUCUUCUGUCCUGAUGCUGAACUCAAGCGCCGUUUCAAAGAAGCCUUCACUAAAACCAAUCAGCAAUCCAAAGGGAAAUAUAUAGAAGUAGAAGAUAGCAGGAGCCAGGUGGAAACAGAUGAUUUGCUCUUGAAGCCUGGAGUGGUCCACGUCAUUGACAUUGAGAAGGGUGAAGAUAAGAAGGGAAGAGACCCAACAAACGAGGUGCUGUCGUCUGUAUGACUAGCAAGGAGCACUGAAAGCAGAGAACAGCCUACUAGCUUGCCCACAGAUAGCCUUCCACCCAUCAAAGAGACAGAUCUGUUGUAAAUUAGGCCCCUACUUCAUCUUAAAAUUUUAGGGAGAUAGCAGCAAUUAAUUAGUUGCUCUAUCAGACCACAGACCCAUUCUCUUGAAGUGGUAGCAGUUAAUGAUGUUGAUAGAUUAUUCCAAAUUCAGAAACGUCCUUUUGGUGAUGACAGUAGAGGAAAUCUUUCUGUUCCUUCUCUGUCCCAAGUGAAUUUUAGAAGAGGCACCCAUUUUUAUGCAGGCAGUUUCAAAUGGGAAAUAGCAGUUGUUGACAGUCAGAUUGACAGAUGAGGGUUAUCUGAAGAUGCCUAUAGACAUAGAAAGCAGUGUCUAUCAGAUUGUUCUUCUGACACUUAAUUGCCUGUUGUCAAUCCUGAUUAGAAUUUUAAUGACAAAGUCUAUGAAAGGCUCAGAGACAGCAAGGCAAACAUACAGGAUACAAAUCCUUUAAAAUCAUUGACUUUUAUACCCCAUUCUAAAAUAACCAUUCUGUCAACUUUUUAAAUUGAUGCCAUAUCUGGGAGGUCAUAUUCCCACCAUUAAAUCCUAUAUAUACAUUUUAAAAAACCCCUUUAAAUCAUUACUAAUAAUGUUAAUAUUGAGAAGUACCGAUGAUGAUACUGGAGGAAUGCAUCACUUUAUUAUCCUUCCCUUUAAAUUGUUUUCAUGAGAAUUCAAUUAUUUUCAAUAUAACUUUAUUCCAUCUCAAAAGUUAAAGAUCUAGGACACAAUCCAGCCAAAGUUAAGCACUUUGCAUUGCAAUUAUAAGAAUACUUUCCUAAGAGUAGAUCUGCUUAGGAUUUCAUUGCUAAAUUCCAUUGUAUUUUACUGUGAAAACCCUGCACUCUCCCAUUAAUAUCAGUGGAAUUUUAAAGUCCGUCACUGGGGAUGGAGUGUAUCCAGCAAGUAUCCAGAUAUCAGAAGGAAGAUGAAGGCUAAUCUGUUUUCAGUGCACUUAUCCAGUAAAAAAAAAAAUUACUGUGCCAAAUUUAUAUAAUUGAAAUGUUAAACUUACUUAUCCACUGUGCUCACAAUGUGAUCCGUUUAUUAAUAGCAAACAAGCAUGUAUUAAUUAUUUAAAAUACUGGCUGUGAAAUAUUUUGGCAAUUGCUUAGCUUUUGCCUGCUCUGUUGUUAACAUGAUUUGUUUUAGCGAUGUUUCAGGUAACACAGAUUUCCUACAUAGAAAUUGUUCCAUGCAGAGAAAGAAUAGGUACAUCGCAUGUGGCAGUUAUUCAGGUAUGUCUGUUUCACCAUCUGUACAUUCAGUGUACAUGUGCUGAAAAACCGCAGCUAACAAAGGCAUAUGCAGAUGUCACAACAAAAUCUAUGAAACGGUUAAAGUGAAAUCUGUGAAUUUUCAAUGGCAUUAGAAAGAAGCAGCAUACAAUAGCUUGCAACAUUGUGUUGGUUAGUAGCAAGUCUGCCAUUCAUGAACUUCAAAUGCUUGGUCAAAAAUGUUUACAGUUUCCAAACAUCAACAGAAUUGACUUCUACUGUGACUGAGGUAUCAUCUGUACAGAAAUCAUCCAUUUAGAAUGGCUUGUUAAUAGGUGGUGACAAAAAUAUCGAACCACUCUGAAAACAUCAUCUCCAACAAGGAAUAGUAAUAGCUCGGGCUGUUUCAUUGGUAGGGAUAGUGAUAAUGCACAUGUAAAGACAUAUAUUCGCAGAACGCUCCUUUCAGUGGAGAUGUUGGAGCCUCUGCACGUAGAGCAAAUUAUUGGUUCAAGGCCCAGGGUUAUGUGUACCUCAUAACCUUUGGAAAGGAAAUUCUUCUUUUAUUAUAAAGAUAGAAUAAUAAAACUUAAGCAAUGCCUUCUACUCAAGCCAC